GCUGGUUGCUAAAUAGGCUCUCAUCAUGGAACUUUUUUCUUUUGAAAUUUUCCCGUUUUGAUCCUCUUUUACAAGAUGCACUAUGUUCUUCCUUAUUCAGCUAACAUACAUCUCUCAUUAACUUCAAAAAAUGGAUGCAGAGAAGGUAAAAAAAAUUGAGACCUGGGAUCAUGAAGUUAUCUUUCUUUUUCAUUUGAAUGAUACUUUGUGUGUAAAAUUCUAUACUGAAACUUUUUAGAAGAACUCUAAAGCAUGAUUCCUUUUCCUGACUGCAUGUGGAGUUUAUUAAAAGGAGGGACUUCAAUUUCUUUUCGUGUGAUUUUUUUUUUCUUUCUGGAAACAUUGAAAACCUUUAGUACUGGCUGCCCAUUAUUCACUGUUAUGGUCACGUGGAUGCAUGACAUGUUUAGAGUGUCACUUUCUGUUCUGAGAAAUGUUCUUGUUUUGUUCAUAACUUCCCCCUUGACUUUUCUAUGGUCUUACUUUAAUCAGAAUCGCACUUAAAUGUUGGACCUCUAGGAUUGAUUGUGUAAGACUUCCAUUUCUUUCAACAUUUACCCUACUUGUUUGGACAGUGUAUUAGAUCUCCUUCUUUUUUUGAGCUUUUCUUCUGUAAGUACUCUUUUGGAUUCUGGUUUUUAUAGUAUCCUGUUACAGAUUUAUAAAUGUGAUAUCAGCUCACACUAUAAUUUAUUCUUUUAACUUUAUUAUGCAAAAAUGCAUUACAUAGUGUUGUUAUAUUCAUUUUUAAAAUGAGAAUGAGUCAAGGGAAGUUAAGAAUUUGUCCAAAGUUAUGAUGCUAGUAAGGGGCACUUAAGUUUUUUUUUUUUUUAAGAUUUAUUUAUUUAUUUAUUUGAAAGAGUUACAGAGAAGGGGAGAGGGCAGACAAAUUUUCCAUCCACUGGUUCAUUCCCCAAAUGGCCAAAACAGCUGGAGCUGGGCCCAUGCAAAUCCAGGAGCUUCUUCCAAGUCCCUCAUGUGGGUGGCAGGGAUCCAAGCAGCUAGGACAUCUUCCACUGCUUUCCCAGGUGCAUUAGGAGGGAGCUGGAUCUGAAGUGGAGCAGCCAGGUCUCAAACCAGCACACAUUUUGGAUACCGGCACUGCAGGCAGAGGCUUUACCCACUAUGCCACAGUGCUGGCUCCUUGGGGCAUUACGUCUUAAUCUAUUCUUAAUCUUAAUAAUAAGAACACAUAUUUCAUGUACUUACUAUUAAAAUUAGAUGGAUAAGGGCCAGCACUGUGGUUUAAGUGGGUAAAGCUGCCGCGUGCAGUGCUGGCAUCCCAUAUGGGCACCAGUUCAAGUCCUGGCUGCUCCACUUCCAACACAGCUCUCUGCUAUGGCCUGGGAAGCAGUGGGAGAUGGCCCAAGUCCUUGGGUCCCUGCACCCACAUGGGAGACCUGGAAGAAGCUCCUGGCUCCUGGCUUUGGAUUGACGCAGCUCCAGCUGUUGCAACCAUCUGAGGAGUGAACCAGUGGAUGGAAGACCUCUCUCUCUCUGCCUCUCUUUCUCUCUCUGUGUAACUCUGCCUUUCAAAUAAAUAAAUAAACCUUUAAAAAAUUAAAUGGAUAAAUGCAUAUGAAGCACUUAGAAUAAUGGGUGGCACACAGUGAGUACUAAAUAAUUAUUAGUAGCGUUGAUUUCUCAAUUAAAUUUUAUUUAUCUGAAGAUAUUAAUCACACAUCUUGAAAGGCUUUCUUCUACUUUCUAUGUUAUAUCUGGUUUCUCUUCUUCCUUUUUCCCUGUGGUGGUAUUGGUGGUUUUGGCAUUUGUUUCAUGUCAUCUGCAUUUCCCCAAUGUCUUGUCAUCCUUGCUUGUCUUCUGCUUUUUAAGAAGUAUGAUAUGUCACAGUGCUGACACUUUACUCUGUGAGUGAAUGGGGUCUGACACUGGCAAGGAUUCACUCCAUUGUAACUCUGCUGCAUGGGGCUCUUACCUUGGAAGACCCUGAAACAUCUGUAUAUGUACAUCUUUAUUUGGUCCUUUCAUCUUCUCUAGGGUAGGAUUCUAUGAUACGCACUGUUUGGGGGUCAGGAAGGCUCAGGUGUACACCUUGCAUCCAAUAAUGACAGUAUUGCAUGGCAAAAGACUGCAUGAAAAGAUUUUGCUUAAUUUACCUUCCUUAUUUUUAGUUUCACACCUCACAUUUGCACUGCAUCCUACCAGGGUCUCCAAGACUAGGGAAAGUUCUGUUUAAUUUCUCAAGAGAAUCAGUUUUCCAUUGCCUAUCUUAGAAUUACCUUCCUAUUUUGGUAUGAUGGUGAGAGUAAUAGAGAAUUAAAUUCUGCCAUAUACCUACUUUUUUAAAAAUAGCUUUUUGUCAGUCCUUAACUAACUUCAGUCUUCUUAUUAUCUGGUCCCUCCAAAUAUAUACCUAUAUGGGAUUACUUGAGACAAACCCACUUGUUUCUCCAGUGCAGGAACGUUAAACAUUUCUUGGAACUGCUACAUUGAUUUGCUUUCUGUCAUGAAAAAAAUGUGUUUACUUGUGCAUUCUUAGUCUUUGUUAGUUUGCCUUAUUCCUUGUCAUUUUAGUGGGUGUUUUAAAAGGAGGCGAAAUGACUAUAUCUAGUCAGUUCAUGUAAUUUCCAAUUUCUACCUAUUUGUGCUGAUUGAUUUUUCAAUCAUGUAUCUAAUUUAUAUUUUUUGAACUGUAAUAUGAACCUAAAACUUUUAAAUUUUCAAUAUUUUAUAUCUUUCAUCAUUUUUUUAAGUAUACGUUUACUUUCUCCUUUAGUGGCCAUCACUGAUGAGCUCCUUAGCAUCUGUUCCAAAUGUCUUCUCUCAGUAUGUAGUAAUCAGGCACUUUGGCUAGGACUGAAACCACUCCAAGCUUAGAAGGUGGCCCCAGACACCAUUAAAUGAAACUAGCAUUUCUUUAUGAGAAGCUGGAACGACAGUAUGGAUUUAUGUAGUGUGUUCCGCCACAACAUUUCACUUCAUUUUCUACCAAUGCACAAUUCAUUGCUAUUAAGGAACUCUCUAGAGAUGCCUUCUCGUGAUAUAGCAGUUCUCUGGUAUGUGCCGUCUCAUGGUUCACCCAGUUUCACCCUCUCUGAGAGAACUUCCACAGUGAGGCAGGUGUACUCUUUCCUUCCCAUGUGAGUCAGGGAGGUGGAGCCAAGACGGGAUUUCACUCAGCUUGACAAUCAGUUACACCCUCUAUGUUCCUAGUUUACAGUCUUCUCAGAGAGAUUACAAACUGCUGGAGACUCUAGGCACAACUUGUAUUUCUGUUUUCUUAACAACUAAGCACAUUUGGUCGUGUGAAGAGCGGGGAGGAAUACUUCAUAAAUGUUUUAAAAUAAAUAAGUUUAUCACAAAAUAUAAAGAAUAUAGACUAUUUAUUAUGAAAGGUAGAAUGUAUUUGUAAUCAAACACAGUAACAGCAUUUGUUUCCAGAGAACCUUUAUGUGAAUAGAAUUCAGGCAGCUUUCAUCAAACUGUGAAAAUCUGUGGCGUCGCAUGGUGGCGCUGCAGGAUAAGAUCGGGAAAAAACUAAACCGGAUGACGCUGUGGAUGCGCCCAGGGCACACAAAAAGACUGACGAGCCAGGCAUCAGGGGCGACCUGGAAGCCAUUCAGUAAGGCUCAAGUGCUUAGGCGUCUGAGGACUUGGUGGACAAAUUAGAGGUCCGCUGCAGCCAUUCUUCAGAGAGCGUUCGUGACGGGAGCCAUGGAGGACGGAGGGGCAGGCGCUCAGCGGACCAGGCAAGUCGUGCUUCUCUUUGUUGUGCUGGGAAUGGCUCAGGCUGCCUCUGAGCCUGGGCGCUUUUCGGUGGCCGAGGAAGUGCACAGUGGGAGUUGUGUGGGCAAUUUGGCAAAGGACCUGGGCCUGGAGGUGGGUGAGCUGUCCUCCCGGGAAGCUCGGGUGGUCUCUAACGAUAACAAGCAGCCUUUGCGGCUGGACACAGACACUGGGGAUUUGAUCCUCGGCGAACCGCUCGACCGGGAGGAGCUCUGCGGCUCCACGGAGCCCUGUGUGCUGCACUUCCAGGUGAUAAUGAAAAAUCCUUUGCAGUUUUUACGGAUUGAGCUUCAGGUCAUGGAUAUAAAUGACCACUCUCCCGUCUUCUUAGAAAAAGAAGUGCUCCUGGAAAUCCCAGAAACUAGCCCUGUUGGUGCUGUGUUCUUACUAGAGAGGGCACAGGAUUUAGAUGUUGGAAUCAACGCUGUGAGCAGCUACAUGAUAAGCCCCAACUCUCAUUUCCACCUUAAAAUGAGAGUCUAUCCAGACAGUGGCAAAUACCCAGAGUUAGUCCAGGACAAGGCGCUAGAUUACGAAGAGCAGCCCGAGCUCAGCUUCACCCUCACGGCUCUGGAUGGCGGGUCUCCGCCCAGGUCCGGGACUGCCCUCGUUCGGGUGGUGGUCGUGGAUACUAACGACAACUCCCCCGAGUUUGAGCAGCCAUUCUAUGAAGUGAAGAUUCCGGAGAACAGCAUCCUUGGCUCUUCAGUUGUCACUGCCUCGGCUUGGGAUUCUGACUCGGGAACAAAUGGAGAAAUAACCUAUACCUUUUCCCAUGCCUCAGAGGAUAUUCGCAAGACGUUUGACAUUAAUCGAAAAUCUGGAGAAGUUACUCUAACGGGACCUUUAGAUUAUGAAACAACUCAAUCGUACUCAAUCAUCAUUCAAGCCACAGAUGGGGGUGGACUCUUUGGGAAAUCCACAGUCAGAAUUCAGGUAAUGGAUGUGAAUGACAACGCUCCUGAGAUCACCUUGUCCUCAAUUAGCGGCCCAAUUCCAGAAAAUGCGCCUGAGACUGUGGUUAUGGUCUUUAGUAUCCGAGACAGAGACUCUGGGGACAAUGGGAAGAUGGUUAGUUCCGUGCCAGAGGACCUCCCAUUCGUGUUAAAGUCUUCAUUUGCUAAUUACUACACCCUGGUAACCGAUGGAGCGCUGGACAGGGAGGCCAGGGCCGAGUACAACAUCACCAUCACCGUGUCCGACCUGGGCGCGCCCAGGCUGACGACCCAGCACCACGUCGCGGUGCAGGUGUCCGACGUGAACGACAACGCCCCGGUCUUCAGCCAGGCCGCCUACACCCUGCUGGUGCGCGAGAACAACAGCCCCGGGCUGCUCAUCGGCUCCGUGAGCGCCAGCGACAGGGACGCGGGCGCCAACGCGCAGCUCACCUACUCGCUGCUGCCGCCGCCGCCCCAGCCACAGCCGCAGCCGCAGCCGCCCCAGCCGCCGCAGCCCGACGUGGCGGCGCUCGUGUCGGUGCACGCGGACAGCGGGCAGCUGUACGCGCUGCGCGCGCUCGACUACGAGGCCCUGCGCGCCUUCGAGUUCGGCGUGCGCGCCGCCGACCGCGGCUCCCCGGCGCUGAGCAGCGAGGCGCGCGUGCGCGUGCAGCUGCUGGACGCCAACGACCACGCGCCGGCCGUGCUGUACCCGCCGGCCAACGGCUCGGCCGCCUGCCCCGAGCUGGUGCCGCGCGCGGCCGACGCGGGCUACCUGGUGAGCAAGGUGGUGGCGGUGGACGGCGACGCGGGCCAGAACGCCUGGCUGUCGUUCGAGCUGCUCAAGGCCACGGAGCCCGGGCUGUUCGGCGUGUGGGCGCACAGCGGCGAGGUGCGCACGGCGCGGCCGCUGAGCGAGCGCGACGCGGCCCGGCAGCGGCUGCUGGUGCUGGUGCGGGACCACGGCGAGCCGCCGCUGUCGGCCAGCGUCACGCUGCACGUGCUGCUGGUGGACGGCUUCUCGCAGCCCUACGUGGCGCUGCCCGACGCGGCGGCGGCGGCGGCCGAGCCGGCGCGGCCCGACUGGCUCACGGUGCAGCUGGUGGUGGCGCUGGCGGCGGUGUCGUCGCUCCUGGUGCUGAGUGUGCUGGCGCUGGUGGCGGCGCGGCUGUGCGGCGGGGGCGGGGGCGGGGGCGGGGUGGGUGUCGGGGCGGGGUGUGCGCUUGGCGUUGGCGGCGGCGGCGUUGGCGGCGGCGCGGGUGCGGAGGGCCGCUUCCCGGGGCCGCUGCUGGACGUGAGCGGCGGCGGGACGCUGUCGCACAGCUACCAGUACGAGGUGCGCCUGACGGGCGACGCUGGGACCGGGGAGUUCAAGUUCAUGAAGCCCAUUAGCCCCAACCUUACAACCCAAUACCCCGGGAAAGAAAUAGAGGAAGCUCCCACUUUCCACAAUGCGUUUGGAUUCAAUAUUCAGUGACAAUCAUUGAUUUUAUAUUGCCUAUGUGUGCUAUUUUUGGCACUGUGUGUGCUUUAAAUUGCCUUGAUGUUGCGUUUAUAUUUUAUUGGCAUUGUGUUCUCACCUUUGUUUUUCAAUAGGCAUUUGUAGUUGUAAUGAAGUGGUUACUACCU